CUUUUGGUUUUCCUGGUUAUCCCUGAGGGUAUCAGCUUCAGUGAUCAAGGAUUGAAUCGAUGUCAAUGCAUAACCAAGGAAAGGAGAUUCAUUGGACGAUUAAUAGGAACUGUGCAGGUGAUCCAGCCCAGUUCCCACUGCAAAGAAAUGGAGCUCAUUGCCACUCUUAAAAAUGAUGGGAGAAGGAUUUGUCUGGACCCUAAAGUUCCAUGGGUCAAAAAAACAUUUGAGAGACAGCAGGCACAGCACCUUGAAAAAUAACCUUUUUAGAUGUGACUCAGAGAGAAGAAGCUUUGCAACACACAUUUUCAGCAACACUGAAGCUCAGAGUGGUAGCAUGGAUGGCAGAGGUGGAGCACAAGGAGCUUGUUCUGCUUGAUGAGAAAGAUUUAUUUGGCAACUGAUGAGUGAGUCAAGAGGGUUUGUUCAAAUCACCCAACAAACUUUAAAUCUUACAAGUGCCUGCAAAAAAUGAUGGCAGGGUAAAAGCAACUUGUAUUCAAAGCUAAAUGUAUUACACAUAAUUUUUUUUUACUUUAGAAGGUGUUGUCUGUUGGAGUUGUUACAGUUGGAAGAAGGUUAGGAGAUUUGUUUAAAAAAUGUAUUGACAAUGCUCAAUAAAAUAAUCACAUAAUGUCUUAAUAACAUGUACUGUAUGCAAAUGUAUCUGAAAUAUUCCAUUGUACAAAUCUGGUCUUCUUUCUCGGUUCUUGUCUUCUGAGAUUAUUUUAAGAGUUCAAUGUUUCUACUGAACACUGCUCUGUUCUCUAUAUUUUAAAGACAUGUGUAAGUGUUCUUUUCUCAUUCUUCUGCAAAGUUUUUUGAGAGGUAUUGUU